CCACAUCAACCGCCUCGGGACAACUCGAUAUAUAAGAAUGUAAUCUUAUUGCUCUGGACUUUUCUAUCGUAAAAAAAACCACCUGUUUAUUCCGAGGACGGUGCGUUUUUAUUCCUAAACACCAUGCCACCUCACAUGAGCUGCGCCACGCUGACAACAGCUACAUAAUGGCAUGUAGGAGCGGCUCCGGUCCAAUAAACGAGGAUAACGCAAGGUUCCUGCUGCUGGCAUUGUUCAUCAUCAUCUAUCUCCUCUGUGGGGCCGCAGUCUUCUCCGCGCUGGAGCAGCCAAAGGAGCGAGAGGCGAAGGAGCGCUGGGAGCAGAGGUUCGAGCAUUUCAGCAAGAAGUACAACCUGAGUCAGAAAGACCUAAACAACUUCCUGAGGAACUACGAGGAGGCGAACGUGGCGGGGAUCCGCGUGGACACAAUCCGACCUCGAUGGGACUUCACCGGCGCGUUUUACUUUGUGGGGACGGUGGUGUCAACAAUUGGGUUCGGUAUGACCACUCCUGCCACCAUUGGAGGAAAAGUCUUCUUGAUGUUCUACGGCCUGCUCGGCUGCGCUGCCACCAUCCUCUUCUUCAACCUUUUUCUGGAGCGUGUCAUCACAGUCAUCGCCGUGGUCCUCAAGUCCUGUCACGAACAUCGGCAUAAAAAAGCUGCGCUUGCAUCAAAUGGCCAGCGGGUGUCUGAGGGAAACAGAGCUGGUGGAAAUGGAGGAGAAAGAGGAGAGGAUCUGGCUGGCUGGAAGCCUUCGGUUUACUGCGUCAUGUUCAUUCUAGGCAUGGCGGCCAUUGUGGUGUCCUGCUCUGCCUCGCUCAUGUACUCUGCAGCCGAGGGUUGGGACUACCUGGACUCGCUCUACUUCUGCUUUGUGGCCUUUAGCACAAUUGGUUUUGGAGACAUGGUGAGCAGCCAGCGGGCGGUGUACGAGGGCCACGCCACAGUCGCGUAUAGGUUGGGAAACUUCUUCUUCAUCCUGACCGGCGUCUGCUGCAUCUACUCCCUCUUCAACGUCAUCUCCAUCGUCAUCAAGCAGGUCCUGAACUGGCUCCUGAGGAGGCUGGACGCACCCUGUCGCUGCUGUUUCCCCAGGAGGGGUCACCACCCACACCGGCACCCCCGACGAAACGUGGUGGCACCGGGCCACCUGCGCGCCCGCAGAGACCCCUCUAUCGAGACGGAUGCCCUCAACGAAAGUGAGACCGACAACGGGCGCAGGAUGUCCGGGGAGAUGAUCUCCAUGAGGGACUUUCUUGCAGCCAACAAGGUCAAUCUGGCUAUUAUGCAGAAGCAGCUUUCCGAGAUGGCCAUUGGGCACCCGCGCCAGUCCAGCUCCAAUUCACGUCAGAACGGAUUCUCAGGAGGGGUGGGAGCCCUUGGCAUCAUGAACAACCGUUUGGCAGAGACUAGCGUGGACAGAUAGGACAGACAAUUAUUUUUAGGGGUAGCAAAAGGCUGCAAGGAUAAGCCGAUAAGGACACAUUUCCACUGGGGAAAGCCUUCCUGGAAAAAAAAAGAGAGACUUUGGGUGGUUUAAAGACUGAAUACAUGACUAAUUCAUCCAUUGACAGCACGCUGACUCCCAGCAGCAAUCAUCUCCGCCAACUUCCCUGUCAAGAACAUGGCUACACUAAUGAUGAAUUAGAGGGGCUGGAGCCUGUCUUCUGAACCACGAUGUUACCACAUGAGGAAUGCAGUUGCCAUGGUGAUAUAAAGAAAAGGCCUGUCUGGAGUACUUGUAUCUAAGCCUUAAAAUCCUAAUGCACUGCACGCUUCUUCACCUUACAUAUCGUACUUACUCAAUACUCACUAUGGCUCUACCCACAUCCAUAAUGACAUAAAAAUAGCUUAAUUAAUUUAAUGUGUUGACCAUAGUGUUGACCCUGAAUGCAUCAUUUACAAUUAGACUUGCAAUGCCACUCUUGUUAACUCAAACAAAUGUUUCAAAGCCUUUUGAUAUGCCAUUCAAUAGCCUCCAUCUUGGAAAUGGUUAAAUUAAUUAUAACGACAAAUAGAAGAAAAAGAAUCCCAGGAGAACCUUAUUAUGAAAUAAACAGACCUAUUAUCUUCAGCUGAAUGGGUGAUGUUUUGCGACUGAGAUGAAACCUAUUAUGUUAGACUGAUGUUUACUUUUUGGUUUGCAGCACUUUCUCCAGGCACAGACGCAGAUAGAAGGACAUUUUCACACUGAUGUUGUCUUACAGUCCCAGGAGGUUGGCAGUUAUAUAAUGUGUCGAAAAAGGUAGCUCCAGGGGUUAUUCUUUUUCAUUUUAGCACAACAGUGUAAGGUUUAUGUUUUUCCUGUUGUCUAGGUUCACCGCAGAAGCAGUUACUAAAAUGGACGGACUGUUCAAAACAUGCCUACACUGAUUGACCGAAACCUGAAAUCAGCCACGCAUGAAGACAACUUGUGGACACUAUAUCAUUAACUGCAAUUGAAUAGGUAUCUUAAUUCUCUUUGUUCAUACAUCUUAGAAGAAAUUACAGGUUGAGAAUACUUGUACUCCACAUCUGACGUCAACAUCUUUUGGAAUCUGAAUUGUGUAAGAAGUGUCUGAACAAAAGCAGACAGACAAUGUUUUUUGUUGAUAAAUUGAUAAUCAAGCAAACCUGCACAGAAAGCAUGUGCUAUAUUUUUGUACGGGGGUACGGCUGCAUAGAUUUCUUUUAGGAUGAUGAUGAAAGAAGAAGGAGGUCGGAUUCAGAUGGCACACAGCAUUAAUAAUAUGCAGUGUGAAGAUUGAAGAAUGUAUUUGUAUAAUAAAAAAGAGAAACAAUGUAAGUGAAUAUUUGUUACAACCAUUUCCCCAUAUGGAGUUUUUUUAAUCAGGAAUUGGUACUAUAAUAUGCACAGCUAACCUUUGAAGCUUUGGAUGUCUCAACCUGCUAGAGCAGUGUUAUUUUUUGAGUCUAGUAAUAGUGUCUUUGUGUAACUUUUCCCAAACAAAAAACACAAAAAAAAGGGUGCUUGAAGGUGUUUUUAAACAAAGUUUUCAUCUGCUCUAAUCUAAGCUAAUGUCAUGAGCAUAACCAAACUAGCUUAUGAAAUACAGGAGCAACUCCAAUGCCAAAAAGCCUUAUAUUGUAUAAAAUAAUU